AUGGUGGCCAGUCCCAGAGCCGAGGUGAAGCAAGAUCAGUGGGCAGCUGCCCUCGAAGAGCUUCUCGAGGAAGUCCGCCUAUCAAUCUUGAAGGACUCAGCGACUGAUCUUCUUGAUGGUGACCCUCGCCUGCAGACCAUCUUCGAGCGGGUGUCAGAGAAGCUGACGGAGGCGCCUGGCGAGGGUGGCAAGGAGCUCUCGGAUGCCAAGUCUGCACAAAGGCUGUGGACGAGGCAGCAAAUCACGACAUUUGCAGCUGCCGCUGUCUUGAGUCAACGCGACACUUUCGACAGGGAAAGGCUUUGUGAUGGCUCGUAUGCUCGCGAUGAUCGUCUCCAGGCCCCCGCCGAGCAGCUGAAGGGCAGGAUCAAUGCUUUGGAGGAGGAGAAUCGCCGGCUCGAAAGCUGCAUUUCGAAGAUCAGAAGCUCGCAGCGCAGUGCGGAAGGCCUUGCCAUGUCUUUGUCUCCAAACUCUGUGGCGGAUUCCUCGCAACGAGGGAGUGCGACUGCCGCAGAGCCACGGUCAGAGGCUGCUGCUUCAAGCCAGGACGUUGAGCCUGCACCGGCGACUUUGCCAUCACCGCUCCCAAAACAGGUUGCGAUUGACAAAAAUGUGGCCCUGCACGAGACAGGAGCCGCAAGGCACUUGGCGACACCGCCUGGCCAAAAAGCCUCAAGCCCCACCCAGGCUCCUGUUGCAGAUGCUUCGUCCUUGAAUGCUAGCACGGUGAGCUGUGACGCGACGAUGACCUCUGAUCGAUAUGCAGCCAGCACGGCGCAAGCAACGCCAGUUCUGAACCGGGCAGCAGCCCAGGCCGAAGCAAAGGCUGCUUUCUUGGAAGCUGCAGCCAAGCGGGGGAGUGGCUUCGCGGAGGUGUACAACGAGCUGCUGAGUUGUGCUUUGCAGGUCUGGGAGGCUCGGGCAACAGCUGCCUCUUUGGAAAAGGAGCGCAACAAGGCGUCAACGGAAGCACGCGAACUUCGAGCUUGCAAUGCUCGUUUGGAGGAGGCUGUCUCCACUUUGCAGGACCGCAACAAGGAGCUGUACUGGCAGAAAGAGUUUCAACGGUCUGCCUUUCGACGUCCACGUGAUGUGAGCCCUGCUGCCAGCGGUGCCCCAGGCCGACAAGUCUGGGCAGCGCCUUUGAGUCCACCGCCGCGCUUUCGGAGCCCUUGUUCGACGGCUCCAGGCAAUGUGCCCGGAAGGUGGUCUUUGGUGCCGUCGUCAUCCUCCUCAGAUCUGUUUCCUUCCGCGCGUGAAUCUGCUAUGCAGAAGUCACCCAGGAUCCAAGCAUCGCCCGGCCAAGUCUAUGCAGCUCCUGUGGCAUCUUGCCCGAUGCAACCGGGGCUGGACCCUGCGCGGCUUCCUCCACAGGAUCAACAGACGCAGGCGUUUCAACAGGGCUGGCGCUUAUUUCACCAACUAGGCAAAGAUGCAGAGGCUAGCUCCUUGGAUGCUUCUGCCAGGCAACGGGCAUCUGCACUAAUGCUGCAAACGAAGAAGGGGAUGCCGACCGAGUUUCGCGAGAAUCCCGCCGUUUGCGCAGUGUGGCGAGAGGCUUUGUUGGCAGGUGCCAACUCGGAGUUGCUCUCUGCUCAGUCUUUCAGCAGCAUCGCCACUGAUUUGCAGGUCACGGAGACUGGUGACUUGAGCUUGUGCAGCAGUGGAAGCUGA